GUUAGACGAAAAACUAGUUGUUUUGUUAAACAUUAAGUUAAUCCUUGUUUAUAGCAAAUCACAUUAUGAAGAUUCGCAAGAACCACGUACGUAAAACCUAUCGCUACAAUGUUAAUCGAAAAACACUGAACAGAACUCGCAAGUCAACUGGCAAAAUAAAAGAUCCAGUAAUGAAGAAACUGUGGAUGGAGAACAAACGCGUCGGAACUAACUUCAGAGAAAUGGGAUUGGCCAAAGAUCCCAAUAAGUCUGUGGCUAUACCAAAUUACAAAAGCGAGCGGCUUCAAUAUGCAAAAAUUGUAAAUAGCACCGUUGAGAAUGAACAAGAGGAUGGCGAAUUCCCGACUAAAGAACGACCCAAAUAUCAGCCAAGGCGCGUUCAUGUUGUACACCAACUGGAAGCGCUGGCAAAGGAGCGUGCCGACCCAGAAUUCAGACUACCCAAAGGCGUGGUAAAAGAACUCACAUACUUCCUCAGCAAGCACAAGUUCAACUACAAAGCUAUGGUUACCGAUCGCCGCAACCACGGCCAAUGGACGUGGAAGCAGUUUCGCAUGAAGAUUCGCAAAUUUAUGUCAAUUCCAGAGCAGUUCAAUGUGUACCUGGAGCAACAGAAGCUUCCUGUUGGUAUCAAACCAGAUUGGCCAGAAUACGAAUCCGACAGCGAAUGGACAUGAGUGAUACUUCCACCCAUACAAACGUACAUUAGCAUUACAAUAUCAAUAAAAAUUCACGAUUACUUUAUUUGCUUGGUGUGCGUAUAAUUUGUAAGUAACUUCUUAAUAUUAAAACCGCGUAAAUUGAAUUUUUAAAUAUUCUUAAAUGAAUUCCCUAAAAUAAUAUAAGGUUCAGGAUAUAAUAAUGAUAAAUUAAACCACUAUAUGUUGGAUUACUAACUGGAUA